AUGGCCCUCUCCACCUCCGUCGCAACCCGCAAACGCAAAGCAGCCGCCUCGGAGGACGACACCGACGUCGCACAGGACCAGCCGCGCAAACUCCCUGCCAUCGCAGAGCACGGCGACCAGCGCCCCGUGAAGCCCCUCCGACAUAACCGUGCCGCGACGAACGUCCCGUCGUCGUCGUCGUCGAAGCUCAGCAACGGCCCGCCCCCACUGACGAAGCCCCGCGCACCGACGCUGUCCGGCUCACGAAUGGCCCGCGCGACGAGUGCGCCGCCGAAAUCGGGCGUCGGGCGCCCCAUCACGCGGUCGGCUGCCGCUGCAGGGCUGCGUGGCGCCACAGGGAGGACGACGUCGGGCCCCGUGCGGCCUGCGAACGUGGGCGACAAGCGCAUGGAGUCCGCGCGUGCGGCGGACAACGCGCGGCUGGCGGCGGAUAUGGAGGCGGAGCGCCUGCGCGUGUCCGAGAUCCAGGCGAACAACGCCGCGAUCGCGCGCGAGCUGCAGACCGCGAAGACGCAGGAGCUCUCGCAGCGCCGGGAGCUCAUGAACGCGAACGACGAGAUCGAGGCGCUGAGGAAGAAGCACGCAAGCGAGGUGCGCGAGCUCGAGGCGGACAUGAAGAAGCGGGAUCGGGAGAUUCGCAACCUGGGCGAGGACCUGCGCGUGACGCGGGGCGAUCUCGAGCGCGAGCGGGAGGUGGUGGGCCAGCUGAAGACGACGGUGGCACAGCAGAGCACGGCGCAGCUGACGCUGUCGUCGCAGAACCAGGCCUUGCAGGCGCAACUGGGCGCGCUGCAGGCCUCGUUCAACUAUUCUUCAGAGACGCUUUCGUCGUUGAAGUACGACUUGGAGCGUUCCAACAAGAGGAUCGAGGAGUUGGAGCAGGAGGUGAGGGAGGCAGAGAUGGUCCGACGGAAAUUGCACAAUAUGGUGCAGGAACUCAAGGGCAACAUUCGCGUCUUCUGCCGUGUGCGGCCCUUGCUCCCCUCAGAUAUCUCUGGGGCAGAAGAUCAGGAGAGGGCGCGCCAGGAGGCGAUGGCGGACAUCGCGUUCCCGGACACCCGCGACCACAAAGAAAUCGUGCUCUAUUCGGCCAGUGAAAACGCGAUGGGUCAGGAGAGAAAGGAAACCUGGAAUUUCGGUUUUGACAGGGUGUUCGAGCCGCAUAGUACGCAGAGUGAGGUCUUCGAGGAGAUUUCUCAGCUUGCGCAAAGCUGUACUGAUGGGUACAACGUUUGUAUCUUUGCGUACGGUCAGACGGGUUCUGGCAAGUCGUUUACGAUGGAAGGUGGCUCGACUGAGGUGACGAUGGGCAUGAUCCCACGAGCUGUUGAGCAGGUCUUCCGUGUCGCCGACGAAAUGAAGAGCAAGGGCUGGAAAUACACCAUGGAAGGCCAAUUCCUCGAAAUCUACAACGAGACGAUCAACGACCUCCUCGGCAAGGGCGAGUUCGACAAAAAGAAGCAUGAGAUCAAGCACGACAAGAGCGGCACGCGCGUCACGGACGUCGUCGUCCAGCCGCUCCACUCGCCGACGCAGGUGCGCACGCUGCUCGCGCUUGCGCAGUCGCGGCGCACCGUCGCUGCGACGCUCAUGAACGAGCGCUCCUCGCGCAGCCACUCCGUCUUCACGCUCCGGAUCAAGGGCACGAACACGCACACGAGCGAGGCGUGCGAGGGCUCGCUGAACCUCGUCGAUCUCGCGGGCAGCGAGCGCCUGAACGCGAGCGGUGCAUGGAACCACAAGGACAGGUUGAAGGAGACGCAGAACAUCAACAAGAGCUUGAGCGCGCUCGGGGACGUGAUUGCCGCGCUUGGGGAGAAAAGCGAGAGGGGGGACAAGCACAUACCGUAUAGAAACUCGAAGCUGACAUACCUAUUGCAAAAUUCAUUGAGCGGAAACUCGAAGACUCUGAUGGUGCUCAACCUCUCACCAAUGUCCGCCCACCUCAACGAAUCCCUUUGUUCGCUUCGCUUUGCCACCAAAGUCAACAACACGACAAUCGGGACCGCGAAAAAGCAACUCAAAAGCUCAUGA